AUGGCAGAUACAGAUUCCCACACCAAAGAGCAGCAACUAAUAAAGGAACAAAACCCAGCACACCCGAUUGUCCCCUCACAAGCACCUGAAUUCAUCAACCAAACACUGCUUAACCGUAGCUGGGAGCUUCUCCGUCUUCUAUUUGUCGGCAUAGCAGUCUCUUACGGUCUUUUUAGCCGACGGAACGAUGAAACGGACAAGGAAAUCAUCAACAACAACAAUUGCAAGUUGGAUAAUUUACAGUCUUUGAUGUCCAGAUUCCUCCAGGUUUCAGCAGUUUUCGAUGAUGAAGCCGAAAACAUAUCUGGGUCUGAUGAAUGUAAAGUCCACACAUGGAGCAGCCAAUACUACAGGAUUGAACCUCCUGUUUUGGUCGCCAAAAAACAAGGUGAAGAAAAGCCUUUGCUUUUGCCUGUUAGGAGCUUGAAAUCGCGUGUUUUGGAGGGGAAUAAUGGUGAACAAAUGUCUGGGUCUUUACGUAGGUCUAAUUCCAGUUUGAGCUCAAAAAGAGAAAAUGGCAAAACUUUGGCGGAGAAGUUGAAUGACAGUAACGUUGUUCUUCCUUCACCGAUUCCAUGGCUGUCGAGGUCCGGAAGAAUGGAAGUGAAGGAAGAUACUGAGUCGUUUAGGCCCCAAACGACUCGUUUGUCACGUUCAAAAUCUUCAUCUUUUUCACCGAAGAAAUUAUCCCCUUCCUCUACUUCUUCUUUAACCGAAAUACAAGCAAAAACUAGUGAGGAUUUAGUGAGAAAAAAGACCAUUUACAAGUCUCCUCCUCCUCCACCACCGCCGCCGCCGCCGACACCGUUGGUUAGCAAACCGUCACCUUUGAAUGGCAGCUUUAAGCCGAAACCAAAGCAGAGAUUCAUGGUGGUGGAAACUACUGCUGAAGACGAUGAUUCAAACAACGAGGAAGACAAUGGAGCAGAUGGAGGAUCUGAUGUUGAUAAGAAGGCAGAUGAGUUCAUUGCCAAAGUAAGAGAGCAAAUCAGGCUUCAAAGAAUUGAUUCAAUCAAGAGAUCAAGUGGCCAUGUCAAGAGAAACUCUACGACGUAA